AAGUUGCCCUUUUACUCCAUUUUAUAAUUUCCCAUUCUCUAGACUGCUCUCCAAGCCAGAAACCUAUUCGCUUUCUAGAUUCGUCCUAAUCUCUGAGCAGAAGAGCUUUCUUUGUUUCUCUAUAACCCGUCCUAAUCGUAGUAGGAAGCAAUGGAUGGGGAUUUCGAUAUUCCGCCGGCCGACGAUAUGAUGAACGAGGACUUGGAUCUGCCAGACGAGAACCCACCCCUGAAAGCUGGGGAGGAGAAGGAGAUCGGAAAUCAAGGCUUGAAGAAGAAGCUUGUCAAGGAAGGUGAAGGCUGGGAUACCCCUGAGAAUGGCGACGAAGUCGAAGUUCAUUAUACUGGGACGUUGCUGGAUGGGACGAAAUUCGAUUCGAGUCGUGAUAGUGGGAAUCCGUUCAAGUUCACUCUCGGUCAAGGACAAGUGAUCAAAGGAUGGGACCAAGGUAUUAAGACAAUGAAGAAAGGUGAAAACGCUAUUUUCACCAUUCCCUCUGAGCUGGCGUAUGGUGAGUCUGGCUCACCACCAACUAUUCCCCCUAAUGCGACACUCCAGUUUGAUGUUGAGUUGCUGUCUUGGACUAGUGUGAAGGAUAUAUGCCGAGAUGGUGGAAUAUUUAAAAAGAUUCUGACUGAAGGAGAGAAAUGGGAGAAUCCUAAGGAUCUUGAUGAAGUGUUAGUUAAAUAUGAAGCUCGACUUGAGGAUGGAACACUUGUGGCAAAAUCUGAGGGUCUUGAGUUCACUGUUAUAGAGGGUCAUUUCUGUCCUGCACUGGCAAGAGCGGUUAAGACCAUGAAGAAGGGAGAGAGGGUUCUUCUAUCAGUGAAACCACAAUAUGGAUUUGGGGAGAAGGGAAAGCCUGCAUCGGGUGAUGAAUGUGCGGUGCCCCCUAAUGCUAACCUUCAGAUCACUCUGGAACUGGUUUCCUGGAAAACUGUCUCUGAGGUGACUGAUGACAAGAAGGUUAUCAAGAAGAUCUUGAAGGAAGGAGAGGGAUAUGAGCGGCCAAAUGAGGGAGCUGUUGUUAAAGUGAAAUUGAUUGGGAAACUGCAAGAUGAUACUGUUUUCCUAAAGAAGGGACAUGAUGAUGAUGAACUCUUUGAGUUCAAAACUGAUGAAGAAGAAGUCAUUGAUGGCCUUGAUAGAGCUGUGAUAACAAUGAAAAAGGGUGAGGUUGCUCUACUCACCAUAGCGCCUGAGUAUGCUUUUGGUUUCUCUGAGUCAAAACAGGAGUUGGCUGUAGUACCUCCUAACUCCACUGUGUAUUAUGAAGUUGAGCUAGUAUCUGUUGACAAGGAAAGGGAGGCCUGGGACAUGAACAUUCCAGAAAAGAUUGAAGCUGCUGGUAAAAAGAAGGAAGAAGGAAAUGCAUUAUUCAAGGCUGGCAAAUACGCUAGAGCUUCUAAGAGAUAUGAGAAAGCUGUUAAGUGUAUUGAGUAUGAUUCUUCCUUCAGUGAAGAAGAGAAGAAACAGGCUAAGGUGCUGAAAGUUGCAUGCAAUCUGAACAACGCAGCCUGCAAAUUGAAGUUGAAGGAUUACAAACAAGCUGAAAAAUUAUGCACCAAGGUGUUAGAUCUAGAAAGCAGGAAUGUGAAAGCUUUGUAUAGAAGGGCCCAGGCUUAUAUCCAGCUGGCAGACUUAGACCUGGCAGAGUUUGAUAUCAAGAAAGCUCUUGAAAUUGAUCCUGAUAAUAGGGAAGUUAAGCUGGAAUAUAAAACAUUGAGGGAGAGGAUCAAGGAGUACAAUAAAAAGGAGGCCAAAUUUUAUGGCAACAUGUUUGCCAAAAUGAAUAAGUUGGAGCCUCUUGAAGGCAAUAAAUCAGCUGCUAAGGAAUCAGAACCCAUGAGCAUAGAUAGCAAGGCAUGAUAGGCAAAGAGAGCAAACACCUAAUUUGUGACACACCUAUAAAGACAAUGCCUAGUUUUUAAUGUUUUUAACUUCUAUUUUAUUUGUGAUGCAAGCUAUCUUCUGCACGGAGAAUUAAUUUAUGGAUUCUUCUGUGUCUAGGGGUUUGUUCACAGAUUUUAUGGACUAAUUUAUUUGAUUGUAUGAACUUAGUUAAAGAGUGACGUUCCGUGUGCUCUUAAACUUCAUUUAUCUCAGUAACGAAACUCUGUUUUCUCUU